AUGGGGAAGCGAGAUAAUCGAGUGGCCUAUAUGAAUCCUAUAGCAAUGGCCAGAUGGAGGGGCCAGACUCAAUCUACAGGCCCAACAAUACAAGAUUAUCUGAAUCGACCAAGGCCUACCUGGGAAGAAGUGAAGAAACAAUUAGAAAAUAAAAAGAAAGGCUCCAAGGCAUUAGCUGAAUUUGAAGAAAAAAUGAAUGAGAAUUGGAAAAAAGAAUUAGAAAAAAGUAGAGAGAAAUUAUUGAGUGGAAAUGAGAGCUCUUCUAAAAAAAAAGAAAAAAAGAAAAAGAAAAAGAAGAAAUCUUGUCAGUCUUCAUCUUCUUCAUCAAGCUCUGAUUCUUCAAGCAGUUCUGAUUCUGAGAAUGAGGAAAAAAAACAAGGAAAAAAGAGAAAGAAAAAGAAGAACCAUUCAUAUAAAUCAUCAGAAAGCUCUACAUAUGAAUCUGAAUCAGAGACCAAGGAAUCUGUGAAAAAGAAAAAGAAGUCAAAGGAUGGCACAGAGAAAGAAAAGUAUAUUAGAAGUCUCAGCAAAAAAAGAAAGAAGACUUAUCCUGAAGAUAAACCCUCAUCAUCAGAGUCCUCAUCAGAAUCAGAUUACGAAGAGGAAGUGCAAGCAAAAAAGAAGAGAAGACAUGAAGAGCAAGAAAAAUCGACAGAAAAAGCAAAGAAGAAGAAGAAGAAACAGCGCAAGAAACACAGUAAGAAGAAGAAAAAGAAGUCGGGUUCAAGUCACAAGUCAGGAUAA